GUGAAGGAUGAUCUAUUUGUGUCGAAUGAUAUUUAUGAUAUGCGUCUGCGUGUUGAAAGGGUGAAGGAUUUAAAAUUACGUGCAGGCUUUUUUAGAAGGCCUUCGUCGAUGAUUUUUAUCGGUUUCUGUUUACUGACAUUGCUGCUGACAUUUCUAGCUUUGGGGCAACGUAUGAAGCGUAAUAGCGAAACGGUUGAGGUGGUUGCAAAUGGAACGAAAUCAACGACCGACGAUUUUGAAACGAAGAGUCAAACUAGUACAAAAUUUUCUUAUAAUAGAUUUAUUGAAUGUUUUGAUGUUCAAAACAACUGGGAGUUGCUUUUCCCCACGGAUCCGUCUGCUGCUCUAGCUGACACAAACGCUUUUCCGGCUGUGAAUGGAUUACGGUUUUAUGGUGCAAUGGUCGUAAUGUUAUUCCAUCUACAGUGCUGCAGUUACGUGGCGUCAAAUAAUAAAUCAGUGCAUUACAAUUUAUUGACUGGUGUUCGAAAU